AUGGAGGCGGAAGAGGAGGAGGAAGAGGAGGAAGAGGAGGAAGAGGAGGAAGAGGAGGAAGAGGAGGAAGGAUGUGGCUCCACUACUCACUCUGACGGGAUGGCGGAUGGGAAGGAAAACGGUUUGGAGGAACCAGAAGGGUCUGAGCUGCUUUUGGACGCAUGUGAGGUGGAAAUCCCUCAAGAGCCAAACCCAACGGCAGAGUACGAGUGUGAGAGUCAACCACAACAAGCCUCCGAAGAGCCGAGCAAUGACGGAUGCCCAUCACCGAGAAAGGGUGGGCGGCUGCAAGCCUGCCAUGGGAGCCGUGCAACGAAGAGGACCUACGGCUGCAGCAAGAGAGGGAAGAACCUUGCUGGGAAGGCAGAAGGGAGCAUGCACACGGCCAUCUAUAGCUGUCCCGACUGCGGGAAGAUCUUCAGUCGGAGGUCCUUCCUCAUCCCCCACCAGCGCAUCCACACCGGUGAAAAGCCCUUCACCUGCCACGAGUGCGGGAAGGGUUUCCGAGUUGGGUCAGCUCUCAACAAGCAUCAACGGAUCCAUACGGGCGAGAAACCCUACAAGUGCUCGGACUGCGGGAAGCGUUUCCGUCUCACCUCCACCCUCAGCACCCAUCGGAAGAUCCACACCAGGGAUAAACCCUACGUCUGCCUCAUUUGCGGGAAGACCUUUCGGUUGAGCGCCUAUCUGCUGGCCCACGAAGGCACCCAUAGCGCGGACAACCCUUUUCGGUGUCUGGCGUGCGGGAAGAACUUCAGCUUGAGACGGUACCUGGCCAUUCAUCAGCGGAUCCAUACGGGAGAGAAGCCGUUCAAGUGCUCGGUGUGCGGGAAAGGCUUCAACCGGAGAUCGACCCUCAUGGUUCACCAGCGGGUCCAUACCGGGGAGAAACCCUACAAGUGCCCCGAAUGCGGGAAGAGCUUCAUCAUGAGUUCAGACCUCGUCGCCCAUCGGAGAAUCCACACUGGGGAGAAACCCUACAACUGUCUCAACUGUGAUAAAAGCUUUCGGUUGAGCUCCCACCUUACGAGACACCAGCGAAGCCACACCGGGGAGAGACCGUACAAAUGUAUGGAUUGCGGGCAAAGCUACACGGACAGCUCUGGGCUCAUCAAACACAAGAAGAUCCACAUGGAAAAGAAGCAGAGGACAUCUCAGGGAGCCCACCCAGGGGAGGGACGUUAUCAAUGCCCCUACUGUAGUAAGAGCUUCCAUGCGAAGUCAGCUCUGGUCCUUCACCGGGCUACCCACGUCGGAGAGCGACCCUAUAGAUGCUCCAAGUGCGAGAAGACCUUCAGCCACAGCGCAACGCUACUGAAACACCAGCGAAUCCAUACCGGGGAGAGACCUUUCAAGUGUCCCGACUGCGAGAAGUGCUACAACGAUGGCUCAACCCUUCGGAGACACCAGAGGAGCCACACCGAGGAGAAACCCUAUAAGUGUCCCGGUUGCGGGGAAUGUUUCAGUGCUAUCGCGGCUCUCCUGAAGCACCAGCGGUUCCACACCGAGGGGAGACCUUACAGAUGCUCCGACUGCGGGAAAAAUUUCCACUCGAAUUUUCUCCUCGUCACCCACCAACGAAUCCACACGGGAGAAAAACCCUAUACCUGCCCCAUCUGCAAAAAAACCUUCCGCCAAGCCUCCCACCGUACGAGGCACCAGGAGAUUCACAGGAAGACCAGGGCUGGCGAAAGACCAACCAUCUGCGAGGAAUGCGGUCGGAGCUUCAGCCGGAGCUCGAACCUGGUGGUACACCAGCGGUUGCAUGCUGGGGAGAAGCCCUACAAGUGCUUGGAAUGUGGGAAGAGCUUCAGCCGGAGCUCCCAUCUCAUCACCCAUCAACGUCUGCACACCGGGGAGAAGCCCUACAAGUGCUCCGAUUGCGGGAAGAGCUUCAGCGACAGCUCCACGCUCAUCACCCAUCAACGCUUGCACACCGGCGAGAAACCCUACAAAUGCCCCGAUUGCGGGAAGGGCUUCAACCAGAGCUCCAACCUCACGUCCCACCAACGCACCCACACCGGGGAAAGACCCUACAAAUGCCCCGAGUGCGGGAAGAGCUUCAGCGUCAGCUCCUACCUGAUCCGCCACCAGAAGAUCCACACGGGGGAGAGACCCUAUAAGUGCGAGGAGUGCGAGAAGACGUUCAGCCAGAGCUCCAGCCUCAUCAUCCACCAGCGCGUCCACACCGGGGAGAAGCCCUACCGGUGCGUUGACUGCGGGAAGUGGUUUAGGAACAGCUCGGACCUCAUCAGGCAUCAGCGGACACAUACGGGGGAGAGACCCUACCGCUGCCCCGACUGCGGGAAGAGCUUCAACCGCAGCUCCAACCUGAUGACCCACCAACGCAUCCAUACCGGGGAGAAGCCCUACGAGUGUCCUGAGUGCGGUAGGAGCUUCACCGUGAGUUCUGCCUUGAUUAAACACCAAAGGACCCACCGGGAGGGGAAGCCCUAUGAGUGCCCCGACUGCGGGAAGAGCUUUAUCCGCUGUUCGAACUUCAUUACCCAUCGGAGGACCCACGUUGGGUAG